GCCGCUCCGCAUGCUCCACAUCAACCUCCACUGCGGCGAUGGUCUGUCCGAGUACAGGCCAUGCAAUUUGUUCGGCGGACUUUGAAGAUGUGUUGGCCACGAUAGAAUGGUGAGCUCGUAGAGCUUCCUCUAGAGAAACAUAGAGGGUCCAUUCCUAUAAAUUGAAUUGGCAUGCCAUGGCUCUUUUAUGUUCAUCAACACAUCCAACAUUCACUGCAUUCGUAACUCUCAAGACUAUAUCACAGAGACUCUAGAAAUUGCCCACCAUGUCUUCAACUUCACCUGCGCAAGAAUCUUGGUCGCUCGUCGGCAAGACGGCAAUCGUCACCGGAGCAUCUCGUGGCAUCGGACAAGCCAUCGCCAUCCAUCUAGCCCGGAAGGGUCUGUCCAAGUUAGCAAUCACGUACGCCAGCAACUCCGACGCGGCACAAAAGACUCUAGACGAGUGUCGCAGGCUUGGAGUAGAAUCCGCCAUUGCCAUCCAAGCAGACGCUCUUGACCCUUCCUUUGGUACCAAAAUCGUCUCCCAAACCCUCCAACAGCUCUCCCCCACCUCCAUCGACAUCCUCGUCAACAACGCCGUCCUAAGCGACUACUCCAAGGUGGAACCGAUCAACGACACGACGCUUCCCGUCUUCCUUCAAGUCAUGCAGGCCAACGUAUUCGCCCCGAUCUCCCUCACAACCGCCGUCAUACCUCACCUGCCCCCCCAAGGCGGCGGCCGCGUCAUCGCCAUCUCGAGCGUGCUGGCCUACCAAGCCAAUUCGGAUCCUACAAUGACGUACGGAGCCAGUAAGGCCGCUUUCCAGAGCUACACGCGCUCGCUCGCCGAGGCGUUUGGCAAGACCACCAAGGCGACGUUUAACAGCGUCAUUGUCGGUCUAACGGCCACGGACUCGGUGAACAAUAGCAAGGAUUUGCUUCCGGCGGGGUAUCUCGAUGGGCAGAUUCGAAAUACGACGGCGGCGGACCGAAUCGGGGUGCCAGAGGAUAUUGCGUACAUCGUUGGGUUUCUUGCUAGUGAAGAGGGUCGUUGGGUUAACGGGGCUGCUGUAAGUGCCAACGGAGGUAAUCGGCUUGUCAUGGCUGCUCUUGGAUAGAUGGUUAUUAUGAGGUUGGAAAGCUAGCGAAACCGCG